GUUCGAAAUAAACUGCUGUUUUGUGUUACCUGCUUCGAAAUAAACCGUCGAAUCUUCGAAAUAUCAUACCUAUCUUCGAAAUAUUCGUGAAAGCAUGGCUGAGGAACUCGAAGCCUUUAUGAGGGCUGAAAGUAACGAACCAUUUUUCGAACCUACCGAAGAACAAGAAGAAAUGUUAUUACUCGCUGAACGUGGCGAAUCGAUGGAUUUUCCAGACAGUCCAGACGAGCUCGACUAUGAACCGAUGUCAUCGCCGAAGCCAAAAUCUCCUCGAAAGAAUUCGCCGAAACCAAAAUCUCCUCGUACUCCACCGCCAAAGUCUCCGGCCAAAUCGCCAAGCAAAUCCCCAAACUCGACAAAGAAACGCAUCGAUAAAGCAGUAGGCGAAAUCGCCAAAGCGGUGUUAUCUCCAUCACGAAACAUAGAGCCAACUCCAUCUGGCUCGGGUUAUGUAUUUCCCGAACAAGGUCGCAAACCAACGCGACCCGCUAAAGUUACCAUCGACCGUACUAGAGCUCGAAAGUCAUCGCCGAAAAAGAAGGUGAGUUCGACAAUUCAACCCGUCGACAAUAUCGAAGUGAAAGGCUGCAAUAAAAAGCCCCUAAAACCAGCAAUAAAAUCACCAUCGAAGUCGCCAAAAUAUAAAUCGACAACGUACAAGCCACAAUCUCCAAAAAAGGCAGUCUCGUUCAAAAGUUCAUCGUCAUCGUUGUCGUCGUCGGCGUCGUCGUUUUCGUCGUCAUCAGUAUCGACGUCAUCGUCGUCGUAUUCGUCAUCAUCGGCGUCGGUGAGCAGUGUCCCUAAGAGAAGAAGCAGAUCCCCAAAUCGUUCGCCGAGAAAAUCUAAAUCUCCGUCUCCUCGCCGAUCGGUCUUCGAACGCCUAUCGACCAACGAAGAAAAUCUAAAGAAGGAGAUAAGAGGGAACAAGAUCACGAUUACCGAUCUACGAUCUCAAUUGAAAUCGAGGAAAAAUGAGAUUCGCAAUUUCGAGGAGGCGAUUCUGGAUGAGAAAAGGCGAAGGGAAGAAGACAGGCGACAAAUUCAGAAUUUAAAUAGAAGAAUCACCGAAAAAAACCGGACGAUCGACGAAAACCUAAUCCAAAUUCAACGCCUCAGCGAACAGGUGAACGAACAGACAACGACGAUAAACAAUCAAGUGGUGACAAUAUCGAAUUUAGAGGCACAGCUAUUGAGAGCGCCUCAACAGGAUUCCGGACGGGUAUUUCUAGUCGCUUCAGAUCCGGCCGAAUAUCAGUACGUGUACUAUAAAACCACUACGUUGAUGGGCACUGGCCUUUUUGGGGCUAUCAAUCGGCGUCUUGUAAAAAAUCUAGCGUCAGUAGCAGCGCCGAAAACGUAUUUAGACAAAUAUCGCGGGAAAUUAAUUCAUCCCCAGGACGAGUACCUGUACAUCGAAAUCUGCAUGGAGGACGUCCAAUGCUUAGCAAUACCCGUAUUCAAGAUUAAGAAAGAAGUCGACAAACUCGUUACAUUUUUGAUGGAAAAUGAAAGGACCACGAUUAUUUUUUCGUACCUGGCCGACACGAAGAAGCCAGCGGUUGAUGGGCGAAUUUCGGAAAUCAAUCAUUACUUUAAACGAUUAUCGGAGCGCGACCAGACAAAAAGAAUUCGUGUUUCGAAUCAAAUCAGAAGACUCACAGAAAUGUAUGGACCUCGAAGACCAUACUUCGUACAAACCGAUGGGAAAUUAGUACCCGAGUUUGAAUAUAUCUCCUAUAUCGUCCAGAACCUCGAAGCCGACAAAAACUGGUCACCGGAUAGUCCAAACUAAAGAUACGUACCACCGAAGAUCAUCGAAGAUACCGAACAGCAAAGCCGAAGAAACCGUUUCCAAAAACACCAACGACAAAGAAUAACAAUCAACACCGGUCAACGAACGAGCAAUUCCAUGCGAUAAAACACCUACGUAGAACGACAGAUUGAAAAAGAACGCAACAAAGAUGGAAGAAAUGAAAAGAUAAUUACCUGUCAUCGAAGUAUCCAGCUUCCAACAUACUAGCUCGGUAAAUCAAAAUAAAAUUAUCGUGUAAAGUCGUAUUUCAUCUGUUCGGAUAGUUUUUCCAAAAGCGCCUUCAGCGCAAAAAGUUCUCGUACUACGAAAAAUCCAAAAUUAAACUCGUCGAAUAAAAUCAAAAUUAUAGGAAAACAAAUUACCUAUUUCGUAUUGAUGAAUCCAAGUAGUAAAAGCAUCGAACGAUUACGCUGGCAACAUGGCCACUCUUUUUCUAUCAUCCAAAUUUGGCGAACGUUUUAAACAAAUCAUCUCGAACCGAACGGUAUCAUCGUGGAAAUUUAUCGAAACAGCCUACGAAGGGCAGAAAAAAAUUAAUAAUUCGAAGACAAAUCAGUUUUCAAAAACGGAACUCACCUGUCAUGGGUAAUUCGCUAUCACUGAAUAAAUACAAAAUGCCUCGGGGCAAACUAAACGAUAUUCUAGUCACAAAUUUGAAUCUUCAUAUCUACGAACAGAAUUAUAAAAUAAAAGUAACAACGAAAUUUCUUCGAAAUUUAAUUUAUUCAUACGCUCAUCAAAAAUACUUACAUCGAAAUAAAAUCCAAAUUUGGAAAUGGUGUUGAAAUGAAGUACCGGUGAAUCACCGAGCAAAAACAUGGCGGCCGGUUGUUGUAUUCUUCGUUCGAUCUUCGAAAUCUGAAAUGUAAAUAGAAAAGAAAAAUUAUUAGUAUCUACGAAAUAAAAUAAAAAGCGUUCAAGCAGUCGAAGCAGUUGUUCGACAUUAGUAUUUAUUAGAAAUAAACUAGUAAUUAUAUUGCUCUUACCUUAUA